GAGGAAACAAAUCCUUUUGUCAAAUGCGGUUGUAUUUUAAAGAAUUAUAAUAAAGUACAUUUAUAAUACACACGUUAUUCUUGAAUAACAAAUAUGACGGUAUAAAUAAUUUUAUGUGAAAUGAAUUUAGGUAGCGAGGUGUCCAAAUGGCUAUGAUUCAAAAAAAAAAAAAUCCAUCGAGUGAUCGACGUCCAAAACUGGUUCGUCUAAUGGAAAAAACGCAAAUACUGUACUUUUAGGAAGGACUUAACCUUGGCACUGCCACUAACUCUAAUUAUUAAUAUGGGACGUUUUGGACAAGGCAGUCGACGUGGAGGUGGUGGUGGUGGCGGCGGCGGCGGCGGCGGCAACUGGGGUAACAAGAAAGGUGGCAAGGGUUUUAUCAGCAGUGGAGGUGGAUAUGGAUCUGGAUCUGGCGGUGGUCGAUAUGGGCGCAGUUCAGGAACGGAUAGCUACUACACCCAGGACAAUUAUGGUGGUGGUUAUGGUAUGGGUUACGGAAAUGUGAGCAGCAGCAUGAUGAGUGGCGGAGGAUACGGAAGUAAUCAGGUUGGCCAGCUACACGAGCAGCUUAGAAUGCAGGAGUCUCAGCUUGCCAUGACCAGCAACCUGUUACAGCAACAGACUCAACUUCUUGCUGAAGUUGGCAUGCGUGUUGGAUUGGGUGGUGGAGGUCGUUAUGACAGGAAGAGGGCAGCUCGUGACUAUGGUGGCUAUGGAUACGACUCCAAAAGACUGCGUAGAGAUUCUGGGCCUUAUGGCGGAUACCGAAGUGAUUCUCGAAAUACGGGACGUCAAAGAAGUCGAGAUAAUAGAGGAAACGAUCGUAGUAAAGCAGCUUCAAGCAAAGGAAAAUUUACUCCUCCAAUAGCAGACCAUAAUAAGGCAACCACUUAUUGUCAUGUUUGUGAAGUGGAAACGUACACAAGGAAAAUGUUCGAUUCUCAUCUGGAGGAAACAAAACAUAAGGAUAAAUUGGCAAUUAUAGAAGCUGAUCCUGAAAAUGAAAACAACAAAGCGAUAUUGGAGAAGAUGGCCAAGAUCGAGGAACUGAAAGCUGCUUUAACUGAGGAGUGCAAAAUUUGUGAUAUUAGCCAUUCUGGCCAGGGUCGAGAUCAUGAACGAACAGACAGACAUAAUUUCUGCAAGGAACAAGUUGAAAAAGGUUGUGGCUGGUGUGAACUUGCUAAGUUUGAUGAUGCAAGUCAUGUUCUGCAACAUCGAAAUUCUAGAGAACACAUUGAGAAUAUGAUCAAGAAAGGACGCAAGAUAAGUGGAACUCGUAUUGAAAAACGCAUUAAUGAAGAAGGAAAAGAGGUUAAGGUCAUCAUUGAUGAUUCUGUGGUGGAGGUUGACAGCUCUGUGACCUAUUGCUUUGCGUGUGAUGAAGAGUUGGCUACUUUGGAGUUGAUGAAUGAGCAUCUUGAGACUGACCAACACAAGGAAAAGUUCAAUGAACUGAAGGAAAAAGCUGAGGAUGAGAAUGUUCAAGAUGAGAGCAUCCAAGAUAUUCUGAAACGCAUUGAAAAACAGAAAGAGCUGAAAGUGCAACAGAGUGAGUUCUGCACAGUAUGUGACAUUCCUUAUUCUGGUACAGAAGAUGACCAUGUUCGUGAAACACUUCACAAGUACCGAGGACAGCAGUCUGCUCGUGGUUGCACUUGGUGUGACAUUGCUGAAUUCAAUACAUACACCGAGGUCCUCCGCCAUCGUGCAACUGACGGGCACAAGGAGGUAAGCUGGAAAGAGAAGGAGAACAAUGUGAAAUCUGGCCGAGAAAGAACUCUGAAAGUGACUGAAGAUAAGGUUGAGAUUCCGUUGUUCAGCAAAGGCAAGACGUAUGGUGAGGAUGAGAUGAUGCCCAUCUUGGGUUACUAUUGCAAAGUAUGCAAAAAAUAUUACCGCAAGAGAUACGAUACACUCAAGUUCCACUGCAGUUCCGAGAACCACUACAGAAACUGGAAGAAAAUUAAGGAAGAGCAGUUGGAAAGUAGUGCUCAGUUUGAGGAAAUUCAGGAUGCGAUAGUAAAGACUACUCGAACUGAGAUGGGAGAAAUUGAUCCAGAUGCCGAGGCUGAGGAGAUGGAGACCUCGCAGGAUGAGCAUCAGAAUGGUGGAGAAGGUGGUGAUGGAGUAGUUGCCGACUUUGCCGAGGACGAGCUGCUUCAGGACACCGAGACUGGUGACCAGGAGACUGGCGACCAGGAGACUGGCGACCAGGAAACUGGCGAGCCGGAGGUAGCUGAUCAGGAGGCCGGAGCGGAGGAAAUGGAGGCCGAGGCCGAGAACUCGAUACUGGCCGAGGAGGCUGAGGAAACCUCGCCAUCGAAGGGAAAAGGAACUCGCAGAGGAAAGGCUCGACGUGGCAGGAAAUAAUGCAUUUGGUUUCUAAAUGGUGGAUCAACCUUUCACAAAACAUUUACAUAGAAAGGGACAUUUAUUUUCAUGUUGUAUGUCAGUGUUAAUAUCGAUUUCUUUCACAGGCCAAUUUCAUAUAGACAAAUGUGACAUGGGGAGAGAUGUUUUCUAGACGUUCACAAAUUAAAGUUUGUUUCAUAGGUUGACAAAUGAUUCAUCGUUAGGCAUAUUUUAAUGUUUCUUAAUGAAAUAUUGGGCAGAUUGGAAAAAAAACUGCCUUAAUCGUUAUUUGAUCCCAAUUUCUGUAAAUUGUUUGCACCAUGUCAUGUUUUUAUGUUGACAAUUUGUCACUACACAAUCAUUUUAGCUAUUGUAUUGGCUUUUAUCGUGUUCUUUCAUUGUCAUGGUUUUGUACAUUCACAACUAUAAGUUGAAGAUCAUGAAUAUUACCUUUCACCAUGUGUUGUCUUUGUAGUUUUAAUGUUUUGUAGUAAAGUAUUGAUUAGUGUAAUCCAGAAAUAUUAGCAAAUUCUUCAUUCAACUUGAAAUUGCCAAUUUGAAGUAGUUGCCAUGCCAUAUUGACUAAAUGUUGCUAGUUUUUAUGCUUAAUUUGAUGCACUAAUGGACAUGUUGGAAAAUAAACAAAUAUUCCUGGCUUUA